CAAUUUAUUUCUUUAAUCUAACUUCACUUCUCUGUUUAAUUUCUUUCCCUUUCCCAUAACACAAACACACAGAAAGAUGGCUCUCUCCAAGACUGCAUUAGACACAGAUGUUUCUGUUCAUUCAACAUUUGCCUCUCGUUAUGUUCGAGCGUCACUUCCCAGGUUCAAGAUGCCAGUGAACUCAAUCCCUAAAGAAGCAGCUUAUCAAAUCAUCAAUGAUGAGCUAAUGUUGGAUGGGAAUCCUAGACUUAACCUCGCUUCCUUUGUGACUACAUGGAUGGAACCUGAAUGUGAUAAGCUUAUUAUGGCUUCUGUCAACAAGAACUACGUUGACAUGGAUGAGUAUCCUGUCACCACUGAGUUACAGAAUCGAUGUGUGAACAUGAUAGCACAUCUUUUUAAUGCACCACUUGGAGAAGCAGAGGCUGCAGUUGGAGUUGGAACAGUUGGAUCUUCAGAGGCAAUAAUGUUGGCUGGUUUAGCAUUUAAGAGAAAGUGGCAAAACAGGAGAAAAGCUCAAGGAAAACCCAUUGAUAACCCUAAUAUUGUCACUGGUGCCAAUGUUCAGGUUUGCUGGGAGAAAUUUGCAAGGUACUUUGAGGUGGAAUUGAAAGAAGUAAAGCUAAAGCCGGAUUAUUAUGUACUAGACCCUGAAAAGGCAGUGGAGAUGGUGGAUGAGAACACAAUCUGUGUAGCUGCUAUUCUUGGCUCCACCCUCAAUGGAGAAUUUGAAGAUGUAAAGCAAUUGAAUGAUCUUUUGAUGGAGAAGAAUAAGGAAACAGGAUGGGAAACCCCGAUUCAUGUGGAUGCAGCAAGUGGUGGGUUUAUUGCACCAUUUUUGUAUCCAGAACUUGAAUGGGAUUUUAGAUUACCAUUAGUUAAGAGUAUUAAUGUUAGUGGUCACAAAUAUGGGCUUGUAUAUGCUGGUAUUGGUUGGGUCAUUUGGAGAAGCAAAGAGGACUUGCCUGAAGAGCUCAUUUUCCAUAUUAAUUACCUUGGAGCUGAUCAACCCACCUUCACCCUCAAUUUCUCCAAAGGAUCUAGUCAAGUCAUCGCUCAAUAUUAUCAACUAAUUCGCUUGGGUUAUGAGGGAUACAAAAAUAUAAUGGAAAAUUGUAGAGACAACAUGAUAGUGCUUAAAGAAGGAUUGGAGCAAACAGGAAGGUUCAACAUUGUUUCUAAAGACAUGGGGGUACCAUUAGUAGCCUUUUCAUUAAAAGACAGUAGUCAUCACAAUGAAUUCGAACUCUCUGAUAUGUUAAGGCGGUACGGUUGGAUUGUUCCGGCGUACACCAUGCCGCCGGACGCCCAAAAUGUGACGGUGCUACGUGUGGUUAUAAGGGAGGACUUUUCUCGCACUCUUGCAGAGAGGCUUGUGAACGAUAUACAAAAAGUGUUACAUGAACUUGAUACCUUACCAUCCAAACAUUGCACAAAGAUAUCAAUUUGUGGAGAUAAUAAGGUUGUUGUGAAGAAAACUGCUAUAGAGACCCAAAGGGAGAUUACUACAGUUUGGAGGAAGUUUGUUAUGGAAAGGAAGAAAAUGAAUGGUGUUUGUUAAAUUUUACGAGUAUCUAUAUAUAUGGGAGAAUGAAUCAAGCUUUUGGCUUCAAAUUUUGUUUGUUUGUUUAUUUGUUUUGAUGUUUGUUGAUUCAUGCUUAUGUAUUUGUACUUGCAAAAAUUUGAAUAAGUACUACAUUUUUGUUUGAAUA